CGCCGGCCGCCGCCUGCUCGUCGCCGGAGGCCCACGGCCGACGCGCAGUUCACCGGAGAAAGAUCUGUUUGCUGAGCUUAAGCUGGUGGAGAUUUGGGAGUAACGUGUUGUAUUUAGCUGUUGAUUGUUAAUGGACGGCUCUCAGAAUCAGCCACUGCCUCCUGGUGUUGGAGCAUGGCGGCCACCACCUUCGAAUCAACCCCCUGGCGUUGGAGCAUGGCAGCCACCUUCAAAUCAACCUCCUGGCGUUGGACCAUGGCGUCCACCACCUUCGAAUCAACCUUCACAAUUUCAGCCUGGUCCACGUCCACAUGCUUAUCCGACGCCGUAUGACACCAGACCCAAUGGCGAUAACAAUCAAAAUCCAGCAAACACCUUCUAUGCAACCCAGCCUUUUCAUCCAAAUCCACAUCCACAUGCUUAUCCAACACCAUACAACACUAGACCCAAUAAUGGCAACAAUCCAAAUACAGCAGGCCCCUUCUAUGCUACGCAACCCAACAUGACUUCCACUCCCCCUCAAAGUACUCCUGGUGUUACUACGGCAGCUGGGAAUGUGCAUUCGGAUCUCGGUGGCCAUCCGACCGCUCUCGAGGUUGCCAACCAUAAUGGUGCUGCAGCAAAUAUCGAGUCUGCUGUCCAAGAGGCUGUUCUUCACGAACAGGACAUUGAGACACAGCAAGUAAUACAGAAUCAAAGACAUGCAGAAGCAACAAAUGAUCCUGCAGAAUAUGGGGAAGACAUACUUUCGAGCCGGCGCGACCCUAAUGCACUGAAGGAACACUUGUUAAAGAUGACGGUUGACCAUCGCGCGGAGAUGGCAAAUAAAAGGGGAAAGUCACUUCAUCCAGAUAAUGGCAAUGUUGAAAUUGGCAAUGGCUAUGGCGUACCAGGAGGUGGUGCUUAUUAUGCUGGAAAAUUUUCAAGUGCUCAAAUGAAUAAACCAAAAGAUGAUGCUGAUGAUCUACCUGAGUUCUUGAAGCAGAGGUUAAAAGCAAGGGGAAUUCUUAAAGACAAGGCAGCAAAUCCAAUUACUAAUAGCACGGAUAAACAAAAUGCAGAUUCACAAGAAGGCCAUAACAAAUCUGCCCUAGAGUUGGCUCCUGGCUGGGUUGAGGCAAAGGAUCCAACGACUGGUGCUUCUUAUUUCUACAACCAAAGCACUGGAGUGACCCAAUGGGAUCGCCCUGGUGGUGCUGUGAAUAUUGUGCAACAUCAAGCUGCUCCAUCAUUGCCAGUGAAUUGGGAGGAGGCACUUGACAAGUCAACAGGCCAGAAAUAUUACUAUAAUACAAAGACACAGGCAACACAGUGGGAGCCACCUAUUUCUGUGAACCCGGGUGCUGUGCCACAAGCAUCCACCAAUGUUGUGAAUCCAGGUGUUGUGCCACAAGGAUCCACCGAUGUUGCAGUUCAGCCGACCGCUCAAAAUGCCGAUAUCUGGAACCCUCACAUGCAAAGAUGUUCAGGCUGCGGUGGAUUUGGAGUUGGUCUUGUCCAGCCGUGGGGAUAUUGCAAUCACUGCACAAGGGUUCAAAAUCUGCCUUUUCAACAGUAUCCAUCUUACUCGAACAAUAUUGUGCACUCAGGUGGCACCAGUGCUCCCAAAAGUCAAGGAAAUAAUAUUGCAGCUAAGGACAGAUCAAGCUCAAAACCCCCUUCUGGAAAAGCAAACAAAAAGGAUAACCGGAAAAGAAAAGGCGCUGAGGAUGAUGAUCUUGACCCAAUGGAUCCAAGCUCUUACUCAGAUGCUCCACGUGGUGGCUGGGUUGUUGGCUUGAAGGGUGUACAGCCACGGGCAGCGGAUACAACUGCAUCUGGACCUUUGUUCCAACAAAGACCAUAUCCCUCACCUGGGGCCGUCUUGAGGAAAAAUGCAGAGGCGGCAUCCGGUGGCAAGAAACGUGGUGGUAUGGCCGCAAUCAGUAAAAGAGGGGAUGGCAGUGACGGUCUUGGGGAGGCAGAUUAAGCUUCUUGGUGAACUUCCUUUGCAACAAGUAAACAACGGUGUUUGUGGUUUUGGACGUUGGUAGCUGAAACAUCGGCGCUCUGGUGUCUAGAAAGAAGCAAAUUAUCAGCUGCCAGGAGCAAGUCCAGUGCAGGAGAGGCUAGUGCAUUGUGAGCUCGCUGAUGUUUAUUUUGCCUUGUGAGCUGAUUAUUUUUUUAUCAGGAGGGAGUUCAGUGCUGGAGAGGUUGCUGCACUGUAACCUGACUUAGGUUUUCUGCCUACAGAAAGUGUCUCCUGUCCAUGGUAUGGCAUGUUUGUAAUAUAUGAGUCUGUUACUGGAAAGGGGUGGUACUAGGCAAGUUUUUUUUUUUUUUGGUUACACAAUGUGCAUGUAAAAAUUGAUCUUGUAGACUGACAAGGUUGAGCGAGGCUCGAACAGGAUAGUGAUGUAUGCUAAUUCGUGUCUGUACACAAUUCGUUACUGAAAUUAUCUUGUUGAUGAAAUUAGGUGUUUGUUCUUGGAUAA